AUGUCCACUCUGUAUCACGAUUUAACAAGUGCAAAACAAUUUCAUUCAUCUAGACUUAAGGGAAAAGUAGCUGUAGUUACUGCAUCUUCUGAUGGUAUUGGCUUUGCUAUUGCAAAAAGAUUGGGAUACGAAGGUGCUUCUGUAGUCAUCAGUAGUAGAAAAGAAGAUAAUGUGAAUAAAGCAGUGAUUACUUUGCGUAGUGAAGGUAUCAAUGUAGAAGGUGUUGUGUGUCAUGUCAGCAAUGCAGAGCAAAGAAAGGAAUUAUUUGAAACAGCUAAAUCGAAAUUCGGUGGCAUUGAUAUUCUUGUUUCGAAUGCAGCUGUAAACCCAGCGGUGUCUCCGGUAUUGGAGACAGAUGAAAAAGUUUGGGAUAAGAUAUUCGAUGUUAAUGUUAAAAGCUCAUGGCUUUUAGCCAAAGAAGCUUAUCCAGAACUGAUGAAAAGGGGGGGUGGAAGUAUUGUCUUCGUGGCUUCAAUCGCUGGCUAUCAACCUAUGGAACCUUUAGGUCCUUACAGCAUAAGUAAAACUACAUUACUCGGUAUGACAAAAGCGAUUGCUUACGAGGUUGUGCAUGACAAUAUACGUGUUAAUUGCGUGGCGCCAGGUAUUGUGAGCACGAAGUUUGCCUCUGCGAUAACAACUAGUGAUGCGGCAAAGGACAAGUCAUUAUCCAUAGUUCCGAUGAAAAGAUUUGGAAAACCCGAUGAAAUCGCAGGCGCUGUAGCAUUCUUAGUGUCUGAUGAUGCCAGCUAUGUCACUGGGGAAACAUUGGUCGUUGCUGGAGGCGCCUACGCACAUCUU